AUUCCAUUUGCUUAGCAUAGCGAGUGUCAUAAAUUGUCAUUGAAGUUAUAGCCAUUUUUCUGUUCUAUCCUACCGAGAGAGUAGAGAAAUCGAAAAUGAUGUCAAUUGUAAAACGCAGAGGCUUCAAGCAGACACUAGACAGAGCAACUCAUUUGAUAAAUCGUUCACCUUUACUUCUUCAGGGAAAAGAAAAUUGUAAAAUGAUCUCAAGCACAACAGGAUUAGGCUCAAAUUUCUUCCAAGUUCAUGAAGCAGUAACUAAAUUGACAAAAGAUGGUCAAGAAAGUGUGCUAAAUGCAUCACUUACAUAUCUUAACGAAAAAGCAAAGCUUAAGGCAAAAAUCGCGAGGGGUCUUUUGGGUGGUGCUAUAGCAACUCCAACUCUUCUUGGAGUGCCUUUGGGACAUAAUGCAUCAUAUCAUGAAGGCGUCCUAUUUGCUCCUCCUCGCAUUAGGAAGGCAAUUUGGGAUGGAAGCAAAUACUCAACAACGGAAGAAGGAAAGAAUUUAAUUGACCCACGUGUGUUCGCUGAUGUGGGUGAUGUCCCAAUCCAAGACAUGCAAAAUUUAGGAGUCAAUGAAGCGAGAUUAAUGGAUUUCAUUAGUGACUCUGUCAAGAUAGUGAUGGAUCAUACUCCAUUACGUCCCUUAAUUUUGGGAGGUGAUCACUCAGUAUCAUAUCCAGUUGUUAGAGCUAUCUCUGAGAAACUUGGAGGACCAAUUGAUAUUCUUCAUUUCGAUGCACAUCCUGAUCUCUAUGAAAACUUUGAAGAUAAUUAUUAUUCACAUGCUUCACAAUUUGCUCAAAUCGUGGAGGGUAAACAUGUCAAUCGACUAGUGCAGGUCGGUAUACGAUCAAUAACAGCUCAAGCAAGACAACACGGCGAAAAAUAUGGAAUAGAGAUACAUGAAAUGAGAAAUUUUGCAAAAGAACGUGAUUAUUUAGAGAAUUUGGCACUUGGUACAAGUGAAGGUGUGAAAGGUGUAUAUGUAUCAAUAAAUGUGAAUUCUCUUGAUCCAGCCUAUGCUCAUGGAGUGUCUCACAUUGAAUCUGGAGGUCUUUCCUUAAGAGAUGUUCUAAACAUUCUUCACAAUCUCAAAGGUAAUAUUGUUGGUGGAGGUGUUGUUGAGUACAAUCCACAACGUGAUGCUACCAAUAACAUGAGUGCACUUGUCACUGCUAAGUUGGUCAAAGAAUUGGCUGCAAAGAUAUCCAAAUGAUGAAACAAGUGCUUCAUUUAUUUUUUUAGUAAAUUUUAUUUGAAACAUUAAUAAAAGAGUUAGUGUGUACAUGUGCUUUGGGCUUUACCUAUAGUCUUAGUCAAUGCACAUUGGUGUGUACCUUUGUUUUUAAUUUGCUUGUUUUGAGUUUAUGGUUAAAUAAAGACAAUGUUUGUCAAUGUUUUGUGUUAAUUAAUGAAUGACAACAGGCUUUACAGUUCAGACAAAAACCACAAGAUAUAAAUUGUUUUUUCAUAGUUG